AUGCCGUACCAACACCGCCACGUGUCACUCAGACAAGCACGCGCCCCAUUGGCAAAGAGGCAUGGUAGAAGCGCCGAAGCCGUAUCAGCAAGAGCAUCAGCCGUAGGAAGGGUGGAAGGGGGAGGAGGAGAAGGAGGAGAUGGAGGAGGAGGAGAGGAAGCAGGAGAUGGGGUAGGGGAGGAGAUAGAUGGAGGGGAGGUGAAGCUAGGAGGGCCGACGACCGCAACUGGGGACGAAGCAGCUGUUCUCGCUCGCCCACAGCGUCGACUAGAGCUCCUACUGCUAGCACUGCUAACAGUGUCUCUGGGAGUGGCCAACCGAGUGCUCUACAAGCUGGCGCUCAUUCCUUUGCACCGCUACCCUUUCUUCCUCGCCCAGCUCACCACAUUCGGCUACGUGGCAGUCUAUUCAAUUAUCCUCCUCAUCCGCACCUCCCUCAAUAUAGUCACACCCGACAUGCUCACUCUGCCCAAGCGCCCCUUCAUGCUCAUGGGUCUGUUAGAAGCAGCGGGACUCGCAAUAGGCAUGAUGGCUGCUGCGCAUAUGCCUGGAGUCCUCAUCCCAGUGCUCUCACAGAUCUUUCUCGUGUGGCAGCUCACCCUCUCUUAUGUCUUCCUCGGCCGCCGCUACUCGCCACAGCAGCUUCUGGGAUGCUUCCUCGUGAUUGUGGGAGUUGCGGUGGUGGUGGUGACCAGUGGACCGCCAUUGCAUCAUGUAUCCACGCUAUUAGCUUCUCUGCUAGCAGCAACAGCGAUCCAGUGGCCCCUCCUCUUCAUAGUAUCCACUGUGUUUCCAGCAGCAUCCUCUAUUAUUAAGGAGUCUGUGUUUCGAAAUUCAGCCAAGAAGCUCAACGGUCGCUCGUUGGACAUAUUUGUUGUCAACACCUUCGGAUCAGCCUUCCAGGCGCUUUUCGUCCUCAUCCUGCUGCCGCUCAUCUCCUCUCUGGGGUACAGAGUCCCUCCUGCGCAGCUUCCAGGCUACUUCCGGGAAGGUGCCGCGUGCCUUUUCAACUUCAACCAGAACAUUCCAGGCUGUCAGGGAGCGCCACUCCUCCCGCUGCUCUACGUGGCAGCCAACCUAGCGUUCAACAUCUCGCUGCUGGCUCUUCUCAAGAAGUCGUCUGCUGUGAUUGCGUCUCUCUCCAUGACCCUCACAGUGCUAGCAUUCACCCUCCCCCUACCUCUACUGGGCCCGCCCCAGCCCCUGAGGGGGGGAGUUAUUCUUGGGACCCUCGUGCUGCUGCUGGGGCUGGCUGCUUACAACCUUGCCACGCCUGGAAGCAUGGGUGCAGGAGGGGAAGGGGGGUUGAAGCUGGCAGCAGGGAAGGAAGACUAG